UUAACAUAUAACUAUACACAUAAAGCACCGUUUAAAGAGAUAGAAUAUAUGUUUUAUAGAUAAGUAAAGUUUAUGUAUGUAUAUCUGCAUGUGUAACAACAAUUAUUUUUAAUAAAAAAAUUUGUUGUUUAUAUUAAUAUUAUAAUAUCUAUAUAUGAAAUAUUAACAUUAUGUACAUACAUAUGUUAUUAUAAUAACUACAUAACACAGUUGAUUGAUUGAUAAAAUAUUUAAAUAUAAUUGUUUCGAUGUCUCAACGUACAAAAGUCAUCAAUUUAUACAAGACGCUCUUGUAUAUGGGUCGAGAUUAUCCAAGAGGUUAUGAAUUUUUUAGAAAAAAUGUAAGGAAAGUUUUUGAAAAAAAUAAAGAAGAACGUGAUCCUGAAAAAAUUGAUAAAAUGUUGGCUCAUGGUGUUAUAAAUAUGGCAGUUUGUGUAGCUGUAAUUGGAAAAGACAAUUCUCCUAAAUAUAUUAGAUGUAUAGAUGAAUCAUCAGCAUUACAAUUUCAUUGCAAAGUUCAUACAUCAAUUGAUAUUAUAGAAGAAAAAUUAAACGUAGGAAAUAAAACUACUAUUGAUAUACGAGAUCUAUAUUUAGGCUUAUUAUAUGCUACAGAAGAAUAUAAAAUAUAUGGUUAUGUCACAAAUACAAAAAUCAAAUUUAUUAUUGUAUUACAUUCAUCAAACAUAUCUCUGAGAGAUAAUGAUGUAAAAGUGAUUUUUAAGAAAUUACAUGCAGCUUAUUCUAAUGCUGUAUGUAAUCCAUUUUACAUUCCAGGUGAUCAACUUAAUUCCAAAUCUUUUGAUCUAGCAGUAAUGGAGAUAAUGGGUAUUAUAUCACCUUUUUAAUUAAUUAUAUUUGAAUUUAAUAUAUUGUAUAUAUAUUACUAAUAGAUAUAAUUAAAUUACAUAAAAAUGA